CUAAAUUACCAUCACUGCAAAUAGUCAACAAAUUGUUGACAACCAUAUGACUUCCUACCCUGCGUUUUUUACGGCUGCUUCCAUAUUUUCUUAAGGGACGAAAACCGCCGUCGAAAUUAGGAGAAAACUAGGAGCAAAUAUAGGAAAACAGCAGCCAUGGCCUCGAGAGAGGAAUUUGAGGAAACGAUGCCACUCAAUGGUGUGGUGGCCAUGUAUACGUGCAAAAGGUGCAACAAGAUAUUCCCAUGUAAGCGUGACCAACUUUUGCACAAAAAAGAAGUGCAUUCCCAAACAAAAUCCUCCUAUGAGUGUAAAAUAUGUUCAAAGUACUUCUGCAAUAGCGGCAAUUUGGAACGGCAUAUGAAGGUACACAAUGAUGUGCGACCCUUUGUGUGCCGCAUCUGUGGUAAGGCUUUCGCCCAGUCUGUUAAUUUAAAUCGUCACUACUCCGUACACAAUGGCGAGCGCCCCUAUCCGUGUACAUUUUGUACCAAAACAUUUACCCAACAAUCGAACAUGCAACGCCAUCAGCUGACACAUACAGGAGAGAAACCCUUUCGCUGCAAACGUUGUGGCCGUUACUUCUCCCAGCGUGUUAACCUUAAAAAGCAUAUUAUGGGCCAUUUGAAUACCAAACCAUACACGUGCAAAAUAUGUCAAAAGUCGUUUAUACAAUUGGGCAAUUUCAAGAAGCAUCUGCAAUCUCACCUCAAAGAUGGCAUAGAGAUCGAUAUGAAGGCGUUAGUGGCAGAGGCGCAGGCAGUGGCAAAGCAAAGUUUAGAAAUGGCUGAUGAACAACCAGUUGGCUUUGAGUGUGCCGUCUGCCGUUCGAUUUUCAAUAAUUUCACCGAUUUUGAAAUGCAUGAAAGUGAUUGCAACGACAAUGCACAGGCUGCCAUGGAACAAAAAUAUAAUCCAGAUGAACAACUACAUGAAGUUGUUGUCGAAGAGGUUGAAGACCACGACCAUGUUGAAGAACAAAUAAUAUCACAUGAUGGUGGUGUCGGAGGUGGAAACUUUGGCAGUUAUGCACCAUUAAAAUUUAGUGUCUCACAGUUGGAUACACAUGAAAUAAUUAUUGAAACCAGUCGAUAAAAAAAUUACUGAAAUAUGAAAACUGAAAUAUGUCUUUAGUAUUGAAAUAUAGCAACAGUAACAACAACAGUUAUAUAGUUCUGAUUUUGAAUUACCGAUAUUCAAAUAUACAUCCAUAUAUAUACUUAAAUACAUAAAUAAACACUUAUAAAUGCAUAAUAGAUGUGUGGAGUUCAGCAGGUUUGGGAGCCAAGCCAAAGUAAGACGUCAAUUGAAACGAAAAGAAAAAUCAUCAAACUUGUCGUCUAUGUAUUUUUUUCUUCUUCUUGUUUAGUUCAAAUAAUUUUAAAAUUAUAAAAUAAUUAAAAAAAUAAAUAUGAAUAAAAUAAUAGCAAUUAUGUUCAUUACAUAAGUAAUUAAGAUAAAAAAUAAAGUAAAUCA